UCGCGUUUCAAUACCGAAACGUAGGUUUAGAACAAUUUUGCAUGGUGAUUAUUGGAACGUUUAUAGUGAAAGUUAACAUAAAUCCGCCCGCUACGUUGUGUGAUUCAGGGGUUGAAGCGUAAAUGCACGAAGAAUCCAACGCUAUCCCAGUAUUUCAUCAUGCAUCAAGACGUAGGAAAGACACUCACCGCGCAAAACUAGAGGAGAAAACAGUCACCAUUAGCAUCUAGGGGCCGCUCAGAAUGGCGAAUGGUAACUAGCAACACAGUGCACUAGCAGCAUCGUUUAGUAAGCUCUACCGAAACAAAACAAAUUCUUCCGCCUGUUACAAAUAUAAACCGGCGCAAAGAUACAAGGACACGGAAAGUGUAGCCCAGUGCUGAAAGCUUCAUUUAUCAUAUAGCAAGCACAACAAGGCUCCAAAAGGGAUUCACCAAGGCAAUGCCGUCGGCGGUUAGUGGCGGCGGUGGUCACGGUGGCGGUGGUGGCGGUGGAGGCAACAUGAAUCCCCAGACGAACGAGGAAUGUGGUAUUCGGGACGUGUGGCGACACAAUCUGGACGAGGAGUUUCGCACUAUACGGCUGAUUGUGCAGAAGUAUCAUUACGUAGCGAUGGAUACGGAAUUUCCUGGCGUGGUUGCUAGACCGGUGGGCGAAUUUCGCUCGUCAGCCGACUACCAGUACCAAAGCCUGCGCUGUAACGUGGAUCUGUUGCGCAUCAUCCAGCUCGGUCUAACGUUUAUGGACGAUGAUGGGCGUACGCCGGCCGGCUUCUCAACAUGGCAGUUUAAUUUUAAGUUCAAUCUGAACGAGGAUAUGUACGCACAGGACUCGAUCGAUCUACUACUCAACUCGGGCAUACAGUUUAAAAAGCACGAAGAAGACGGUAUCGAUCCGCAGGACUUUGCCGAACUACUCAUGACAUCCGGUAUCGUGCUGAUGGACAACAUCAAGUGGUUGAGCUUUCAUUCCGGGUACGACUUUGCGUACCUGUUGAAGCUGCUCACCGAUCAGAACCUGCCGGCCGAAGAGGGCGAUUUUUUUGAACUGCUGCGGAUCUACUUCCCGACCAUCUACGACGUAAAGUAUCUGAUGAAGUCGUGUAAAAAUCUAAAGGGCGGCCUGCAAGAGGUAGCAGAUCAGCUGGAGCUGAGACGGGUCGGGCCGCAGCAUCAGGCCGGAUCGGAUUCGCUGCUCACCGGGAUGGCAUUCUUCAAAAUGCGAGAGAUGUUCUUUGAGGACAAUAUUGACAAUGCCAAGUAUUGUGGCCAUCUGUACGGACUUGGGACACCCUUCGUCGCGAAUGGCAACAAUACUGCGCCAGGCGGUGGUGGAAGCGGCGGUGGUGGUGCCGGAGUUGGCACCGGUGGCAGUGGGUCUACUACCGGAACCGGUGGCACUGGUGGUGUGACCUCGUCGGGAACCGGUAACACAGGCAACAGCAACACGGCCGGAGGAAACAGCGCCAGCAACAACAGCAAUAAUCGAACUAUUUCUUGCAGGUAAACCAGAGCGGUAGAACCAGUCGAGCGAUGGAUCACGUUAAUAGUAGCACAACAACCGCCAGUCAAGCAACAACCAGCGGACUCGGAAGCAGUAGCAUCAGUAGCAGCAUCGCUUCCUUUCCAUCGUCGUGGUGAUGGAGUGCUACGCACAGUCUGGAUUCGGGAGUAGUAAAUCUUUCUACAAUACAGCCACAGUUCAGUGAGAUCGUGAACCGGAAGCAAAUGUGGGAGAAUAUGUUGGCUUGCAACAAUGUAUAAAAAAACAACAUCGAUAUAUUGUGUUGCGGACGAGCUAACGCUAAGACCUUAAAAGUUUAUAACUAUGACCCAUGAAAAGUGAUUAAUUGUAAGAGUCAAAAUUGAGCAGGUGUAAUAAAAAUUGAAAAAAUA